AUGUUAGAAUUACCAAGAAUUACCAGAGCCCUCAGAGCACAUACUCAACUAGAUAAACCUCGAUGCCUUAAACCAUCAGCAGAUAUAAACAAAUUAUCAGUUAUAUUACCAAAAAAUACCCAAAGAUACAAAUCUUUUACUGAUAUAUACAGUUACAUUAAACACAAUGAACCUUCGAAUAUCAUCAUUUUACUUGAUCAACUUAAGGAUGAUUGCAAACUCUUAACUGGGGAUGUAACAAAUGACAUAAUUGAAGAUGCUGCUGUGUUCACUUUAAGAAUGUUUUUAGAUCAAGAAUUGGUAAUGCUUAAACAUUUGUCUCAGCUGAGGCAAAUGUUUGGUACUGUUUUGUCAUCUACCGCUAAUAAAAUAUGUGAGAUUGUUAUGCAAAUAUCAAAUAGUAUAACAGAUGAAACAAAAGAAUAUAUAAGGACAGAAAAUAAUGAAAUUAAAGUGAAAAAACUAUGGGGUGAAAAUAUACAAUGUCAUUACAUUCCAUACAAACCUGCAAAGAAACCUUUAGCAAAAUUAACCAAAAAACCAGCCACAGCUAGUGCAUUUGUCACAGAUUUCUCAAUGAAGUAUAAUAACAAUACUGCUAGCAAGAAUAUAAAUGUUGCAAGUGCACCAAAACCAGUAUCUAAGUUUGGCAAAGUAUGGUUAGAAACUAAAGUGAAGGAACUAUUUGAGAACUCAACUGGUAUGUCAAGUGCAGAUAUCCUUCAAUCUAUGAUAACAUUGUUAAAUUCACCACGAAGCAAUGAUGAUAUACAAAAUGAUUUGUUUGAGUUGUUGGGAUUUGAUAAAUUUGAAUUUAUUGAAGAAAUAUUACAACAUCGCCAGCAAAUUACAGACAGUUUAAAACCUCCACCUUCACAGCCAACUAUAGCUGAAAUUGCUGCACUUCUUCCAGAAAACAAAAUGCCUCAAUAUUUAUGCCAAGUGUCCGUUCAAUCGGAACAAGAGAAAAUGUUAGCCAAGCUAGUUAGGAAAGGAGAGAAGAAACAGAAACAUGCGAAGAAAUUUGAAGAUGAUGAUGAGGAACAGGAAAUUAAUAUCGCACAAUUAAGAGCUAAACGAAUAGCAGAGUUAUCAAAGCCAGUGGUACCAUUUUCAUCGACAAGGUCAUCUAACAACACGGAUCCUAUAUUACAAAAAAUUUCAUACUUCCAAACUAAAGUGCAAUACCCUAAUGUAUAUGAUUCUUCUAUAAAUGCUAAGAACUCUGCAGGUUUUGUCUCUGGUCUAAAGUUAAUAUUACCAGAAAAUGCUGUAAGAAAAGAUAAUAAGGAAUAUGAAGAAGUGUUAAUACCUAAAAAUGAAUCAGCACCAUUGGAGGUUGGGAACAAACGUGUACCUAUUUCAGAUAUGGAUGAGAUCGGUCAAAUGGCGUUUGAAAAUAUAAAAGAAUUAAAUCGAAUACAGUCAGUAGUGUUCCAAACGGCGUACAAUACUAAUGAGAAUCUCCUGAUCUGCGCGCCCACAGGGGCCGGUAAGACCAAUAUCGCCUUGCUAACUGUGGUGCAUCAGAUAAAGCAGCAUAUAGAAAACGAUGUUAUUAUGAAGAAUAAGUUUAAAAUAAUCUAUAUAGCGCCAAUGAAGGCUCUGGCUUCAGAAAUGACGGCAAGUUUUGGAAAACGUCUCAAAGGUCUCGGUAUAACAGUUAAAGAGUUGACAGGAGAUAUGAAGUUAACUAAAACUGAAGUGCAACAAACUCAAAUGAUUGUUACUACGCCAGAAAAAUGGGAUGUGGUUACUAGGAAAGGGGCAACCGACACAGAGCUAGCCUCAAUAGUCAAACUACUAAUCAUAGAUGAAGUGCAUCUCCUGCACGGCGACAGGGGACCCAUAGUCGAGGCGAUAGUAGCCAGAACACUGCGCCAAGUGGAGUCCACUCAGAACAUGAUACGUAUAGUUGGCUUAUCUGCUACUCUACCUAAUUAUCUUGAUGUUGCCAGAUUUCUCCGAGUGAAUCCAAACAUUGGUCUAUUUUUCUUCGACUCCCGUUUCCGCCCCGUGCCGCUAGAACAACAAUUUAUUGGAGUCAAGGAAGUAGGAAGUGGCGGCGGUGCACAUUUGAGACAGAUGCAAAUAAUGAACGAAGUAUGCUAUGAUAAAGCAUCGGAUAUGGUGCAAAAAGGCCAUCAGGUCAUGGUAUUUGUACACGCGCGUAAUGCCACGCACCAGACCGCCAUGAUUCUGAAGGAAUUAGCUCAGAAAAAGGGACAUUUAAAGUAUUUCGAAUCGGAAGACUCGGCUGGGUUCUUAAAAGCAAAGAAAUCUAUAGGCAGUAGCCCGAAUAAGAUCUUAAGUGAGCUUUUUUCGUUUGGUUUUGCGUGUCACCAUGCUGGUAUGUUGAGAAGUGAUAGGAACAUGGUUGAGAAAUAUUUCGCUGAAGGCUACAUCAAAGUGCUUGUAUGUACAUCCACAUUGGCUUGGGGAGUGAACUUGCCGGCGCACGCUGUUGUUAUACGGGGCACAGAAAUAUACGACCAAAGUCACGGUACAUUCGUAGAUCUAAGUAUACUAGAUGUUCUACAAAUUUUCGGCAGAGCGGGACGACCUCAGUUCGACACGUCUGGUACGGGAAUCAUAAUAACUACACAUGAUAAAUUGACGCAUUACCUGAAGUCUAUGACAAACCAGUUCCCUAUUGAAAGUAAUUUUAUUAAUCUGUUGGCGGAUAAUUUGAAUGCUGAGGUUGCUUUAGGAACAGUGACCAACAUAGACGAGGCAGUGGAAUGGCUAAGUUAUACAUAUCUUUUUGUACGAAUGAGGAUAAAUCCACAGGUAUACGGUCUUACAUACAGCGAUGUGCAAGAAGAGCCGAUGUUAGAGACGAAGAGAAGAGAGUUAAUAACGAAUGCGGCGAUGCAGCUCGACCGCACGCACAUGCUGCGCUACAAUGAACGCACUGGAGACCUCAAUAUUACCGACCUCGGACGAACAGCAAGCCAUUAUUACAUCACCUGUGAAACUAUGGAAGUGUUCAACUCUAUGGUCCGAAAGUCUAUGACACAGGGAUAUGUACUUGAAAUGCUAACUAGAUGCUCUGACUUCCAACAACUUAAGGUACGUAAAGAAGAAUUAACAGAGCUAUGGAACCUGAAGGAUCAGUACUGCGAACUAAGGAUAGAAGACCCCCCAGAAGACAUACAUUGGAAGACAAACAUCUUGUUACAAACUUAUCUAUCUCGGGGAAGGGUUAAUGGAUCUUCUCUGCAGUCAGAUUUAAAUUAUAUUAGUCAGAACGCAGUAAGAAUAGUUCGGGCAUUAUUCGAAAUAACGUUACGAAAGAACAACGCGUAUAUGGCAGGCUUGUACUUGAAGAUGGCUAAAAUGAUGGAGCUACAACUAUGGGACUUUUACAGUGAUAUGAGGCAGUUCAAUUGUUUCCCCAACGAAAUAUUAAAACAUAUAGAGUAUCCUAUGUUAAAGCCUGACCAAUUGAGGGAUAUGGAUUGGAAGGAGUUAGGUGAUCUUAUCCGCAAUCCAAAAACAGCACGACAGUUAAAGAAAUGCGCAGACGAAUUUCCUCUAUUAGAAAUGGAAGCCAGUCUGCAUCCUAUCACUAGAACAGUGUUACGAAUACGUCUGACAAUCACACCUAAUUUCAAAUGGAACGACAAAUACCAUGGCAAAGCACCUGAAGCAUUCUGGAUUUGGGUUGAAGACCCUGAAUCAGAUAUUAUGUACUACCAUGAAUAUUUCCUCAUCACAAAGAAACAGGUCGUAACAAAGGAACCGCAAGAACUGAUUAUAACAAUACCAAUCUCAGAACCGUUACCGCCACAGUAUUAUAUCAGAGCUACAUCUGAAAGGUGGUUGGGUUCAGAAAGUGUUCUUCCGCUGACAUUCCAACAUCUUAUUUUGCCAGAAACACAUCCUCCCCACACAGAUCUUCUAGAACUCCAACCGUUACCAGUGACAUCCCUGAACAACCCCGCGUACGAGAUGCUGUACCAGUUCAGCCACUUCAACCCUAUACAGACUCAGAUCUUCCACUGCCUGUACCACAGCGACCGCAACGUGCUGCUGGGCGCGCCCACCGGCUCCGGGAAGACUAUCGUCGCUGAGAUAGCCAUGUUUAGGGUCUUCAAUCAGUACCCUGGCUGUAAGGUGGUGUACAUCGCACCAUUGAAAGCGCUAGUAAAGGAGCGUAUCAAAGAUUGGAAAAUCCGUCUUGAAGAGAAACUGGGCAAGAAAGUUGUAGAAUUGACAGGUGACGUAUCUCCCGACAUUCGAGCUAUACGUAGCUCUCACGUCAUAGUGACGACCCCUGAGAAAUGGGACGGCAUCAGUCGCUCGUGGCAGACCAGGAACUAUGUGCGGGAUGUCGCUUUGAUCGUCAUAGAUGAAAUACAUUUGUUGGGAGAGGAUAGAGGACCUGUGUUGGAAGUUAUUGUUUCUAGAACAAACUUCAUAGAAUCGCAUACGUCACGUCGUUUGCGAAUUAUCGGCCUGUCCACCGCUCUGGCGAACGCGAAGGACCUCGCCAACUGGCUCAAUAUAGGCGAGAUGGGGCUUUACAAUUUUAGACCUUCAGUGCGACCUGUGCCUUUAGAGGUGCACAUCUCCGGGCACCCGGGCCGCCACUACUGCCCGCGCAUGCUGUCCAUGAACAAGCCCACGUUCCAGGCCAUCCGUGCGCACUCGCCCGCCGCGCCCGCGCUCGUCUUCGUCUCCAGCAGGCGGCAGACCAGGUUAACCGCAUUAGACCUAAUAGCGUAUCUGGCUGCAGAAGACAAUCCCAAGCAAUGGCUGCACAUGCAAGAGUCUGAAAUGGAGCAAAUCUUGUCGAACAUUCGAGAAUCUAAUCUGAAGUUAACCUUGGCUUUUGGUAUCGGAAUACAUCACGCGGGCUUACAUGAGAAGGACCGGACUACUGUUGAAGAGCUUUUUAUUAAUCAGAAGAUACAGGUUCUAAUUUGCACGGCAACACUCGCGUGGGGCGUGAACUUCCCCGCACAUCUUGUGGUCAUUAAAGGAACCGAAUAUUUCGAUGGGAAACAGAAGAGAUAUGUCGACAUGCCCAUUACUGAUGUGCUACAAAUGAUGGGCAGAGCCGGUAGGCCACAAUAUGAUAACGAGGGUGUUGCUGUUGUAUUGGUUCACGAUCAGAAGAAGAACUUCUAUAAAAAGUUCCUCUACGAGCCUUUCCCGGUGGAGUCCAGCUUGCUAGCCGUGUUAGCUGAUCAUUUGAAUGCUGAAAUUGUGGCUGGAACGGUACAGACUAAACAAGACAUCCUAGAUUAUCUAACAUGGACGUAUUUCUUCCGUCGCCUUCUGAAGAACCCUUCGUACUACAAUCUGGAAAGCCUGGAACCACAGGACAUCAACUACUACCUAUCUAACCUGGUACAGACUUCCCUCGACGCGUUACUGAAUGCUAACUGUGUGGAAAUUGAGGAGGACCAACGUACAGUAAAUACAACAUGGAUGGGACGUAUUGCAUCGUAUUACUACUUAUCGCACAAAACGAUGGCGCAUUUCCACCAGAAUUUACAAAGCAAUCUCAAUUUCGACAAUCUUUUAAGAAUUUUAUCGGAUUGUGAGGAAUAUGCGACACUGCCGGUGCGACAUAACGAGGAUAUCUUGAAUGGUGAACUCUCCCAACAAUGUCGCCUGCCGGUGGACUCUCUGACGCUGGACUCGUCCAACGUGAAGGCGUUCUUGCUGCUGCAGGCGCACCUCACGCGCCUGCCGCUGCCCAACUCCGACUACCUGACUGACACCAAGUCUGUGCUGGAUCAGACCAUCAGGAUUAUUCAGGCAAUGAUAGAUACAUCCGCAGAAAACGGCUGGCUGUACGUGUGUCUGUCCUGCCAGAUACUGAUGCAGAGCAUCGUCCAGGCGCGCUGGCCGACCGACGCGCCCCUCACGACGCUCCCCCACAUUGAAUCCCAACAUCUAUACAUAUUCUCCCAUAUGACCAGAGACUCGAACAAGCCAUGCACAAUGCUAAACGGGUUGAAAGUAGCGUGUAUGAGGAAUUAUGAGUUAUUAGCCAAAAAUAUGAGACGGGAAUUCGAGGAGAAUCAAAUUGAGCAGGUUUAUAGGGCAAUAUGUGAUUUACCAACACUCGACCUGACUUUCCACGUGCGAGGUUUGUGGUUCGACGCCGACUAUGAACAAGACAAGCGUAUCAGACAACCUUCCGGCAGAAAUGAAUGGAUGCCUUUACAUGCUGAUCAGGAAUACACGCUACUAGUAGGCAUGAGCCGUCGCGGCGGAAGUCCAAACAACGUGUUAUGUCCGCGCUUCCCGCGCGGCAAGAACGAGAGCUGGUUCCUCACACUCGGCUCUACCGAGUACGGCGAGUUGCAUGCACUGAAACGAACACCCGCUAAAGGAACAACGCAUGUCACCUUCUAUACACCUUCCAAGACUGGUCGUAUCAUAUACACUGUGUACGUCAUGAGCGACAGUUACCUGGGCCUGGACCAACAGUAUGAUCUGCAAUUUGAACUCAUGGACCCACUACCAAAAGAAACAGUGGAGAAAGUGUACGACACUACAGAUAAAGUUAUCAUUGAA